AUGUGGUUUGAAGAGGGGCGUCAGAGUGGUGUCGUACGGUGUGAGCUGGUCUCCUUCCCACCGCUUUCAUUGGAUGAACUGGACAUAUUGCAACGGGUAGAAGAUCAGCUCUUGUCCAUUAACGAGGCGUUGGCGACAGACCUCGGCCAGCAGGAGCAGCAUCUGCCCGCGCGGGCUUCGAAAUCAGCCAAGGACGCCCACACAGCCAAAAUCGAGUCCAUUCGGUGCAAGUAUGAGGCACAGUGUUCGAGGCUCCUUCGAGCCAACCCAUCCGUCACGGACCUGAAGACUCACGAUGCCGCUUGGCUCACGAUUCAGGAGCGUAAACUUCAGCUCAUCUCCGGUGUUCCGCUGCAAGGCUGGCACCCCCUCCCAAAUGUGGGCAAGGAUGACGGUGAGCUCCCCGUGUUGGACAACGCGGGACCGGGUGGCUCGGGUGGGCUGGGUCAGCACGGUCGUGUCCAGGGUGCCGUGGAGGGUGGAGCUCAGGGGGCUUGUGUUCCGGCGGGCUCUGACCUUGAAACAAUAGUCGACAAUGGUGGGUACAACCAGCUGGCGUGGACGAUCAUCGGCAACCUUGAGCGCUCACUGGGCCAAGCCACCACCAGCGGCCUGUUGGCAGCCGACCUGACCGCUGCCCCUGGCUUGCUGGGACCCUUCGGUGAUAUGCUCAGCCUCGCAGCAGACCAGGAGGACGUCCUGGACACCGUGCCGGAGUGGGGAUCAAUAUUCAAGGCGGCAGGAGGACAGCACCUGGUGUCCAACCAGUCAGCCUUCAACAGUCAUGCCAACCAUGUCAUCAACCACAACAUUGCGCCCGCUCAGGCGGCUGCAGUGGAGUUCAACGGGACACAGGACCCUGAAGCACGGGUGCAGCUGGCCGUGCAGGUGGCGCAGCACUACAAGACAGCAUCCAAGGCGCAACAGACCCAGAAGCAGCUCAACGACAUGUCACAGCUGCUGCCCUACAAGGAGGUCAUCCGCCUGGCAAGGGAUGGGGACCCGUGCAAGACCUCCCUCGUCACCUGCCUCGCUUCUCUCUCCUCCGAGCAGCGAGCAUACCUGGGUGUGGUGCUUACAGGACAGCCUCAGUCGGCCAGCCGGUCCGGCUCCAAGUGGCCCUUCGCCGCCAUGUUGGCCCCCGGGGGGGGCCCCAAGAGGGCCCCGAGGACAUCACGUGCGGGCCUCACGCCUCCGCAGCAACUUGAGAUGGUCUCCGACACAGUGGCUGCAGAGGCCGCUGCAGCAGUGGUAGCACAGGCGUCAGCCUUAGUGGCGGCGGCCAUGAUCCCCGAACCGCUCCCUCCGGCCCCGGGGCGCCCUUGGUUCGGGCAGGCGGGCAGCAAGCUUGUCACCGAGGCAUGGCUGCGAUGGGGCUACACAUUCCUUCAGGGCAUCUACGACGCUCUCGGCACCCUUCAAUACCCCCCGCCGUCAUCAGUCACCCUUCCCGAGGGGGCUCUUGACGACCUGCACUUCUGGCAGGACGUCCUCCGCCCGGACUCCUCAGUCUGGGAUGGCGUCAAGCGCUGUGUUAUGGCCAAUCUGGACUUGGCUCAAUUAGAUUGCCCCGCACCCCCUUGGCCAGUGCCGGCAGGCGGUCUCCAGGAGGAGGGAAGCUGCUCCGUCUGCGGGCGUUGCUGCGGAGCUGGGGAUCUGCACUGCGCCUACCCCGGUGGUUGGUACCGCUGCACCACUUGCUUGCUUGCGGCAGCGGGUAUCGGAUCAGUGGCCCAGGGGAGUGUUACGGAGGAACUAGCACAGCUAGCCGUGGUGUUACACGGCAGCGCGGUCGCAGACAGCUCUUCGGUCACGUACGAGUUGGGGCGGCGGUGCUUUGUACGCUUCUGCGUGGAGGUCGCAGGGGUGCCGGAGGCGGACGCCCUGCCCCGCCAGCGUGGGUCUGACCUCAAUCGGGACCUGGUGUGUCUGUUCAUAGCGCAUGCAGUUGGCCGGUACGCAACCUCCACCGUCACCGGCACGCUGAGCACCCUGGCGGACUGGCAGCGGUUCAUGGGAGUCUCGCCAGAGGCAUAUAUCAGCCGCGACCCGCUGGUCAAGCGAACCCUGGGCCAAGCGUUGCGGAGGACUGCUGCGGGGCCAGAGUCAGCACCGUCCAUGGCAAAGGCACCCCUGCCCCUGGGGGUGCUGAGGCUGCUCGUGGCGUGGGACCGAAGUAACCCAAGCGAGGCCGUCGGCUGCCUGCUGGUUACCAAUACGGAAGAGCACGGCCCCAGUGUGCAACGGUCACUUGUGGUUUCGGAGGAAGGCUUCUGA